CUCACAAGUUUCACAACACGUCAGUCGCCAGUCAGCGGAGUGCUCACCCAUUGACAAGUGCGCUCCAGCCCUCUCACCGGCGCUUUGUAUUUCCAUUAAAUUUACAAAUAAGCCUCGUCGUUUAUUUGCGUUUAGAAGAGAAACACCACUGUCAGCAAAAUGGUCAGCGGAGGGCGAGAAUGCAUCAGUAUCCACGUGGGUCAGGCUGGGGUACAGAUGGGCAACGCAUGCUGGGAGCUGUACUGCCUGGAACACGGGAUCCAACCCGACGGUAUGAUGCCCCUGGACGAAACCAUUGGCUACGGUGACGACUCCUUCAACACCUUUUUCAGCGAGACCAGGACGGGGAAACACGUCCCCAGGGCAGUCUUCGUUGAUCUCGAGCCUACGGUGGUGGAUGAGAUCAGGACGGGCACCUACCGUGAACUCUUCUCACCCAACUCCCUCCACACUGGCAAGGAGGACGCUGCCAAUAACUAUGCUCGUGGACACUACACUGUGGGUAAGGAACAGCUGUCUGUGGUGCGGGAUACCAUCAGGAAGCAGCAUGAACAGUGUUCAGGCCUUCAGGGUUUCCUCGUCUUCCACUCCUUCGGUGGCGGCACUGGCUCUGGCUUUGGCUCUUUGCUGAUGGAACACCUCUCUCUUGACUAUGGCAAGAAGUCAAAACUCUGUUUCUCCAUUUAUCCAGCUCCUCAGGUUUCGACAGCAGUGGUGGAACCAUACAAUUCAAUUCUUUUCACCCACACAACAUUGGAACACUGUGACGUAGAAUUCAUGGUUGACAAUGAGGCUAUCUACGACCUCUGCAAGAAGGAACUACAUAUAAGUCGACCCACCUACACCAACCUCAACCGUAUGAUUGGUCAGGUUGUUUCCAGCAUUACUGCAUCUCUGAGAUUUGAUGGAGCACUCAACGUUGACUUGACUGAGUUCCAGACAAAUCUGGUGCCAUACCCAAGGAUCCACUUUCCUUUGGCAACUUAUGCUCCGGUUGUGUCAGCUGAUAAUGCUCUGCAUGACAACUUUGAUGUCCGCACCAUCACCGCGAAAUGUUUUGAACGAGAUCAGCAGAUGGUAAAGUGCAACCCCUUGGAAGGUAAAUAUAUGGCAUGUUGCCUUUUGUUCCGAGGUGAUGUUGUCCCUAAAGAUGUCAAUGGAGCCAUCGCUGAACUGCGCACAAAGAGAACUAUAUCCUUUGUUGACUGGUGCCCCACAGGCUUUAAGGUGGGUAUCAACUAUCAGCCACCUACAGUUGUUCCUGGAGGUGACCUGGCUAAGUUGGAGCGUGCUGUGUGUGUUCUCUCCAAUACUACCGCUGUUAAGGAAGCUUGGAAACGCCUUGAUAGAAAGUUUGAUCUGAUGUACUCUAAAAGAGCAUUUGUCCAUUGGUACGUCGGUGAAGGCAUGGAAGAAGGUGAGUUUGCAGAGGCACGGGAUGACUUAGCUGCCCUGGAGAUGGACUAUAUGGAGGUAGAGGAGAACCCAGGCACUGAUGUGGAAGAUGAUGAUGAUGAUGGAUAUGACAAUUAACUUGGAAAAAGUUGGAUAUUUGCAAAUAUAAGCUUCAGACAGGUCUACACAGGGGCCACUACUGCUAGCUCUCAUACACAGGGGAGUUUACUGCUAAUUUUCUAUUAUUUUUUGCAUAAAAUGUACAAGUAACAACUAUACAGUAAUGGGACUGCAUCAACAUUCCAUUCCGACUUGUUAAGAGUGAGAAAGCCAUAGAUGCUAGUUUCUUAGCGUCUGAGGAGCUUUGGUUGGUGAGGAGCACUAAUAGAAAAGCUCAAGUCCAUCACACUAAAUAAAGGGAAAACUGAU